CGGUGUGGUCCAGCGUGACCUUCAUUGCCUAGUUAGAUAAAUGUUAAAAAAAUAAAUACAUAUUAUACCACGUCCCUGACCCGUGACCCCUCAAUGCUCAGUGACAUCCCCCUGGCGAGGAGGGUGGAGGGGCGGAGGGAUAGAAGGACAGUGAGAGAGAGAAUCUCUUCUAGGUCCAGGAUUCAGAUAGCUAGUCAGUUGUACCAGAACAGUCAAUUAGUCAGUUCCAUGGGGAUUGUUGCUCUCUCACAUUCCUAUUUAUACAGGAACAAAGAUCAAACUAGGAAGGAACAAAGAUCAAACUAGGAAGGAACAAAGAUCAAACUAGGAAGGAACAAAGAUCAAACUAGGAAGGAACAAAGAUCAAACUAGGAAGGAACAAAGAUCAAACUAGGAAGGAACAAAGAUCAAACUAGGCAGGAACAAAAAGGACAUUUGGUGAUUCCAACCUGUGGGACCUCCAGCUCCAGCGUUCUGUGGCUACGUGAUGGCAUCCGGAGGACUAGUGGUGUCUGUCCUAUCAGUCUGUCCUACCACUCUGUUGCUGUGGGUCCUAGCUGGAGCUACGGCCUGUCUCCUGCUCAAAGGGGUGAUGAGGCAGGGAGGGGGGGACUCUCACCCCCCUAGUUACCCCCCAUUACCCUGCCUGCCCUCCAUCCCUCUCCUGGGGAGUCUCCUGAGUCUGAUGGGAGACCAGCCCCCUCAUCUCCGCUUCACAGAGCUGGGACACAGGUAUGGCCCACUGUAUGCCCUGUACCUCGGACCUCAUUACACAGUGGUAGUGAACACCUACCAGCAUGCCAGAGAAGUUCUACUGCAGAGAGGGAAGGAGUUCGCUGGGAGACCCAAGAUGUUGACUACAGACUUGUUGACCCGAGGGGGGAAGGACAUUGCGUUCUCUGACUACUCUCCUCUAUGGAAGACCCACCGCAGACUAGUACACAACUCCUUUACCCUGUUCGGAGAGGGGACCACCAAACUACAGAGCAUUGUACUAGAGGCAGUGGAGGCGCUGUGCUGUGACCUCCAGGCCAGCAGGGGGAAGGCUAUUGACCCUGAUCCUCCUCUGAUGAGAGCUGUCACCAAUGUGGUGUGUACCCUGGUGUUCAGCUCCACCUACCAACCUGGUGACCCAGAGCUGACCUCUGUGAUGGAAUACAACGACGGUAUCGUCCAGACCAUCGCUAGAGGGGGACUAGUUGACAUCUUCCCCUGGCUACGGUUUCUCCCCAACCAGAAUCUGACCACGCUGACAGAGUGUAUCGCCAUCAGGGAUCAGCUACUCAGCAGGAAGCUAGAGGAACACAAGGUGUCGCUGAUCGGCGGGGAGCCCCGUGACCUACUGGACGCUCUGCUGCAGGGUCAGACGACUAUCAAACACAACCAGGGGUCAGGGGUCAGAGGUCAGGGGUUAGGAGCGGAACAGGAGGAGGAGGAGGGGAUCAGCGAUGACCACGUCUUGAUGACUGCGGCUGAAGCAUUCGGAGCCGGAGUAGAGACCACCUCCACGACACUACUCUGGCUCCUGGCCUUCCUCCUGCACCACCCACAGAUCCAGGAGCGUGUGCAGAAGGAGCUGGAUGAGGUGGUGGGUUGUGUAAGGAGUCCAGAUGUGUCAGACCGCCAUCACCUGCCCUAUCUGGACUCUGUCAUCAAUGAGGUCAUGAGGAUACGCCCUGUCAGCCCCGUCCUCAUACCUCACACCGCCCUGACUCACAGCAGGUAA